AUGCCGGAGAAGGAAGAAGCAGUAUUCCGUUCAGCGGAUAUGUCACUUGUUCAAUUGUAUGUCCCUACUGAAGUUGCUAGAGAUAUCAUUUAUAAAGUGGGUCAAUUAGAUAUUAUUCAAUUUAGAGAUUUAAAUUCUAAAAUUAAUGAAUUUCAACGAUCAUUUGUUAAAGAAUUAAGAAAAUUAGAUAAUGUUGAAAGACAAUUCAAUUUAUUUAAACGAGAAUUAGAUGUAAGAGAUAUUCCUAUUAAAUUGUUUCCUUAUGAUUUAGAUAAUGUUCCACCACAAACAGAAAUCGAUGAAUUAAUUGAAGGUUCUGAUUUAUUAGAAGAAAGAGUGAUUCAAUUACGUGAUUCAGUAGAAACUUUAUAUGAAAAGGAAAAAUAUUUAAAACAAUUCAAAUAUACUAUUCAAGCAGUUAAUAAUUUCUUUGCUGUUCAAGGUGAAACCACCAACGAUAAUGAAGAAACAGCAUUAUUAUCACAAUUAGAAAGUGGUGGUGCCACUAGUGGUGGUGGUGGUGAUGCCCGUUCAGGAUCUUCAUUUAUUUCAGGGGUAAUCAAUAGAGAUAAAGUUGGAGUUUUACAACAAAUUUUAUGGAGAGUUUUAAGAGGUAAUUUAUAUUAUCAUAAUGAAGAUUUACCUGAAGAAAUUUAUGAUUUUAAAAACAAUACUUAUGUUGCUAAAAGUUCAUUUAUUAUCUUUUCUCAUGGAUCACUUAUUCGUGAAAGAAUUAGAAAAAUUUGUGAAUCAUUAGAUGCUGAAUUAUAUAAUGUUGAUUCUACUUCAGCAUUAAGAAGAGAACAAUUGGAUGAUGUCAACACUAAAACCACUGAUUUAUCUACUGUUUUAGGAGAAUCGGAAAAUGCAUUAAAUUCUGAAUUAAUUGCUAUUUCCCGUGAUUUGGCCAAAUGGUGGGAAAUCAUUGCUAGAGAAAAAGCCGUUUAUAAGGCCAUGAAUAAUUGUGAUUAUGAUAACUCUAGAAAAACUUUGAUUGCUGAAGGUUGGACCCCUACGGAUUCUAUUACGGAAUUGACUACUGCUAUUCAAGAAUAUGAUGCAUCACAAUCAGUCCCCACCAUUAUUAAUGUUUUGGAUACCAAUAAGACUCCUCCAACUUAUACUCGUACCAAUAAAUUCACUUAUGCUUUCCAAGCCAUUUGUGAUGCUUAUGGUGUACCUAAAUAUAAAGAAAUUAAUCCUGGUUUACCAACUAUUGUUACAUUCCCAUUUAUGUUUGCCAUUAUGUUUGGUGAUUUAGGUCAUGGUUUCAUUGUUACUUUAGCAGCUGCAGCUCUUGUUUUAAAUGAAAAAAAAUUGAAUGCCAUGAAAAAAGAUGAAAUUUUUGAUAUGGCUUAUACUGGUCGUUAUGUUUUAUUACUUAUGGGGGUAUUCUCAAUGUAUACUGGUUUUAUUUAUAAUGAUGUUUUUUCAAGAUCAAUGUCAAUCUUCAAAAGUGGUUGGGAAUGGCCAGAAAAAUUUAAUGUGGGGGAAACCAUUUAUGCUAAAUAUGUUGGUACUUAUUCUAUUGGAUUAGAUCCAGCAUGGCAUGGAACUGAAAAUGCCUUAUUAUUUUCCAAUUCUUAUAAAAUGAAAUUAUCAAUAUUAAUGGGAUAUAUUCAUAUGUCUUAUUCAUAUGUAUUUUCAUUAGUCAAUUAUACUUAUUUCAAUAGUAUGAUUGAUGUUAUUGGUAAUUUCAUUCCUGGUCUUUUAUUCAUGCAAGGUAUAUUUGGUUAUUUAUCCUUGUGUAUUGUUUAUAAGUGGUCAGUCGAUUGGUUUGCCACAGGGAGACAACCACCAGGAUUAUUAAAUAUGUUGAUCAAUAUGUUUUUACAACCAGGUGAUGUUCCUGAACCAUUAUAUUCUGGUCAAUCUACCAUUCAAGUUUUCUUAUUACUCAUUGCUUUGAUUUGUGUUCCUUGGUUAUUAUUAGUCAAACCGUUAUAUAUGAAACGACAAUUGGAAAAAGAAGCAAAUCAACAUCAUGGAUCAUAUUCUCAAUUAGCCAAUGAUGAAGAAUCGGGAGUGGCAGGACAAGAACAAGAACAAGAAAAUGCAGCUGAAGACGAUGAUGAAGAUCAUGAAGAACAUAAUUUUGGUGAUAUUAUGAUUCAUCAAGUUAUUCAUACUAUUGAAUUCUGUCUUAAUUGUGUUAGUCAUACGGCAUCUUAUUUGAGAUUAUGGGCUCUUUCAUUAGCUCAUGCUCAAUUAUCUACUGUGUUAUGGUCUAUGACUAUUGGUAAUGCAUUUGGUCCCACCGGUUUAAUUGGUACAUUUAUGGUGGUAUUUUUAUUUGCCAUGUGGUUUGUAUUAUCAGUUUGUAUUUUAGUGGUUAUGGAAGGUACUUCAGCAAUGUUACAUUCUUUAAGAUUACAUUGGGUUGAAAGUAUGUCGAAAUAUUUUGAAGGUGGUGGUUCUGCUUUUGAACCAUUUACUUUUAAAGGUUUAUUAGACAGUGUUUUAUAA